AUGAUCACUUUAUCUGAAAGCCGGAAUCUGGCUCCACGGCCAUCAUGGGGUUAUCGAUGGCGCUCAUCUGAUACUUUCAUCCUGAGUAGCAUGUCUAUGGCAUUAUUCACUGAUGAAAUGCUCUUCGCCUUUAUGGUCCCUUUACUUCCUCAUAUAUUCGAGAAUCGCUUAGGAUUAGAUGCAACUCUCACGCAGCGGUAUACAUCGGUCUUCCUUGUCGAAGGAGCUCUAAUGUCAAUAGUCUCGAGCCCUCUAAUUGGAGACAUAGCCGACCGAGCCAAAUCCAAAAAGGUUCUACUGCUAGCACUUGACCUGGUUAAUUAUCGGUCGCUUCUUCCAAUGCAUCGUGAGCAACGCACUAUACAUCGUGGGUAUAGCGACCAUGGCAGAGAAUAUAGGAUAGCAGGGCUAAGCUCAACUCUCACUUCUGCUGGGACAUGCUCUGGCCCUGUUAUUGCUGGGUUUCUAUUUGGAAUUGGAGGCUAUUGGGCUGCAUGGUCUGGCGCCGCUCUGUUUCUCGUUGUGGACAUUAUCAUGCGCCUCCUCAUGAUUGAAAAGCCACUGCGCAAACUUACCGACCAAACCAACUCAAGAUCUCUCUGUGCAGAGGGCAGAGGUUGCUCUGAGCGAGAACCGCUUCUGAAAGGGACUCCGUCUUCUCCCCGUGAACUUAACGGCUGGCGAUUCUACGUGUAUAUCUUCCGCCAACCUCGCUUUACGGCCGGAAUCCUCUGCUACUUCGUGUUUGCUCUGUUUAUUGCUAGCUUUGAAUCAACUCUUGCAAUGCAUGUCCGGCAUACCUUUGAUUGGGGCGUUUUUCAAGUCGGGCUUUUGUUUGCAUCGAUUCAAGGACCGGGAAUGAUUCUCUCGCCUAUUGUCGGAUGGUUGAAAGAUCGAGUCGGGUCUCGCGUCCCCACAACCAUCGGGUUCUUCUCACUUGCUCCCUUCCUGUGGCUACUUGGUAUGGCAGGUGAUGAGCGAUUCCCCUGGGCUGCGUUUGGAAACAGGGGAAAGAUGAUAUAUGCAACGUGUACCACGACAGUUGGAUGUCUAAUGUGCUUACUCAAUGGCGUUGGAAUGAUGGAAGCAACUGAGACCAUUGAUGAACUGGAAGAGCAAACCCCGGGAAUGUUCGGUUCUCAUGGAGGAUACUCACGCGCGGUUGCCAUAACAAAUAUGAGCUGGAUGUCAGGCCUUCUUGUUGGGCCCAUUCUGGCUGGGCUCAUGGUGGAAAGACUUGGCGGUAACUUCAUUACUCGCCAGCAUUAUUGCCGCGAUGCAUCUCAGUUCGGCUCAUCCCAAGAGCGAUGGAUGUUUUACCGAAGUGACCAAUGUUUCAUGAGCCCUCAACAGAGUAAUUACUUUAUGAUCGAGUACAAAGGCCUCCGAUGUCCAGGUUGA